CGCGUGUCUCUGUGUGCGUGUGUGUGACUGUGUGUGCGUGUGUGACUGUGCGCGCGUGUGCGCGUCUCGAGCUCUCCGGUGCCGGUGUCCCCGCGCUCGUCGCUCUCCGCUCCCGCUUCCUCGCCGUCACGGGGCUGAAGCAGGGGACCAGGCUUCAGGAGCGAGAGCUCAGGGACGGAGUCUGGGGGAAGCUUUCCCUGAGCUCCACACUUGAGCUCGGGCCGAGCACUGGAGGCCGCCAGCGUCCCCGAGGGUCGCCCAGGAGGGCGGCUACUUGUUGCGUCCGUAACUUUCUCAGAGCUGUGGGCACCGGGAGGACCCUGAAGAAGAAUGGCCAGCUCUGGUUCUCAAGACAUGGUCUGUGGCUCAGUGACAUUUGGGGAUGUGGCUGUUGACUUCUCUCAGGAGGAGUGGGCCUGCCUGGAUGCUACUCAGAGGGUCUUCUACAGGGACAUGAUGUUGGAGACCUACAGCAACCUGGUCACAGUGGUGGGAAGUUCCAUCUCCAAACCCCACCUGAUCACCUUAUUAGAGGAGGAGAGAGAGCCCUGGAUGGUGGUGAAGGAAGAAACAGACAGCCCCAGCCCAGAAUUGGAGUCAUGUUAUGAAGCUGAAAGUAUAUCUUCAGAGAAUCAUAUGUAUAGUACAGAUUUACCCAAGCAGACCAUAAAGCAAUUAAGUAAAACUUUUGAUCUCCUGGGCUCCAGUUUUAGUAAUGGCCUCAACUCUAGUACAUUCAAGGGAUUACAGAGUUAUCAAGGAGAUGCUGAUCAGAAGAUUAGUAACAAGGAAAAACUGCCUACUUACACCUGCAAAACUCUGACUCACAGUAUAGAAAAAGCAUAUGAAUGUAAAGAGUGUGGGAAAUACUUUGGUUGUAGUUCAAAUCUUAUUCAGCAUCAGAGUAUUCAUACUGGAGAGAAACCCUAUGAAUGUAAGGAAUGUGGGAAAACCUUCAGACUCCACCAACAACUUACAAGACAUCAGAAGUCUCACAGUGGUGAGAGACCUUUUGAAUGUGACGAGUGUGGAAAGGCCUUUCAUCUUCCCAACCUGCUUAAGUACCAUAAAACCAUCCAUUCAGGUACAAAACCAUUUGAAUGUGAGGAAUGUGGGAAGUCCUUCAAUCGUGUCUCCACUCUUUUUCAACAUAGGAUCAUUCAUGCUGGUGUGAAACCGUAUGAAUGUCAUGAGUGUGGGAAAGCCUUUAAUCGUCGCUCAAACCUCAUGCAACAUCAGAAAAUUCAUUCUGGCGAGAGACCCUUUCAGUGUAAGGAAUGUGGGAAGGCCUUCACUGUCCUGGCACAGCUCACUCGGCACCAGAACAUUCAUAGUGGAGAGAAAUCUUUUGAAUGUGAGCAGUGUGGAAAGAUAUUCAGUAGCGGCUCAUACCUUGCACGACACCAGAGUAUUCAUACUAGUGAGAAACCCUUUGAGUGUAAUGUAUGUGGGAAGACUUUUAGGCUUCACCUGUAUCUUUCUGAACAUAUGAAAACUCACACUGACGAGAAACCUUUCAAGUGUAAGCUCUGUGGGUCAGCCUUCAGACGUAAGUACCAGCUUAGUGAACAUCAGAGAAUCCAUACUGAUGUGAAACCCUAUCAGUGCAAGGAAUGUGGGAAAAACUUUCGCCGACGUUCAAAUUUUACUGAACAUCAGAGUAUCCACACUGGAAAGAAACCUUUUGAAUGUAAAGAAUGUGGGAAAGUCUUUAGACUUAAUAUACAUCUCAUUCGACAUCAGAGAUUUCAUAGUGGUGAGAGACCUUUUGAAUGUAAAGAAUGUGGAAAGGCUUUUCAUUUUUCCAGCCAGCUUAAUUACCAUAAAACCAUUCAUACAGGUCAAACACCUUUUGAAUGUGAGGAAUGUGGGAAGUCCUUCAAGCGUGUCUCUAGCCUUGUUGAACAUAGGAUCAUUCAUGCUGGUGUGAAACCGUAUGAAUGUAAUGAGUGUGGGAAAGCCUUUAAUCGGCGCUCAAAUCUCAUGCAACAUCAGAAAAUUCAUUCUGGUGAGAGACCCUUUCAGUGUAAGGAAUGUGGGAAGGCCUUCACUGUCCUGGCACAGCUCACUCGGCACCAGAGCAUUCAUAGUGGAGAGAAGUCAUUUGAAUGUGAGCAGUGUGGGUCAGCUUUCAGACUUCAGUACCAACUUACUCAACAUCAGAGAAUUCAUACCGAUGUGAAACCUUUUCAGUGCAAGGAGUGUGGAAAGGGCUUUAUUCGUGGUACAGGCCUUAGAAUCCAUGAGAGAAUCCACACUGGUGAAAAGCCCUUUCAAUGUAAGGAAUGUGGAGAAGCCUUUCAAUAUCAUUACCAAUUUCUUGGACAUUUUAGAAUUCAUACUGGCAAGAAUCCUUAUGAAUGUACACAAUGUGGGGAGUACUUUACUCGUGGAGGAGAUCUUAAAGUACAUCAAAGAAUUCACACUGAUGAGAAACCUUACCAAUGUUAAGAAUAUGUGAAGCCCAUUAGUUGAAAAUCAAGCUUGGUUUGACAUGCUAAUAUUCAUAUUAAUAAGCCUUAUGAUGUAAGGAAUGUGUAAAGACUUCAGUAAUUUUAAGAUAGCCUUAUAUUAAAGAAUUCAUUAUGGUGAGAAACCCUAUGAAUGUAAGAAUUGGAGAAAAUGUUUUAUUUUUUUCAGCCUUUACUGCACAGUGGAGAAUUCAUACUGGUAUGAAACUUAUCCAUGUAAAACAUGUGGAAAGCCCUUCAAUUUGUGCUCAGGCCUUCAACAUAAAAGAAUCCAUGCUGGUAUGAAGCCCUACCAAUGCAAGGAACGUGGGAACGUCAUAGAAUUAGUUCAGCUCUUAAGCCUCAUCAGAGAGUCCUUAUAGGUCUGAAACCCUGUGAAUGUAAAGAAUGUGUGGAAGCCUUUAUUGUAAGUGAUGAGCCUAUACAACAUCAGAAAAUCCAUCAUCCUCAGGAGUCCUGUGCAUGUAAGGAAGGUGAACAAAUUUUUUUGUUUGUUUUUGUUUUAGUUUUUUUUUUUUCGAGACAGGGCUUCUCUGUAUUGUUUUGGAGGCUGUCCUGGCACUCACCCUGUAGACCAGGUUGGCCUCGAACUCACAGAGAUCCGCCUUUCUCCGCCUCCCGAGUGCUGGGAUUAAAGGCAUGUGCCACCAACGCCCAUAAUAAGUCUUUGUAUGGAAAUUUUACUGCACAUCAGAGGACUCAUUGGCAAGAUUGUGAUGGAAAAGUAUGUGGGAAGAAUUAUAAUUUGCCCUAUUGGUCAACAUCAGAGUAUUCGUAUACUCAUGAUGCUGAGAAAUCCUCAGAGAAUGAGAAUGUGGGAAGGCUGUUAUUCAUGAUGCUCUGUUGAGAGUAUCCUUGACUGUCAGAAGUAUAGGGUGGCCAUCAUGUUCUUAAUUUACUCUCAUCUUGUUAAUUCUAUAAAAUUAAUUCAAACAGUACUCAACCAACAUAGGGAGAGCAGGAUUAUUUGAGGUACCUUCCUUGUCAUCAUUAAUAUCUCAUGGCUCCUGUGAUAUUAGGCACAAUGUUUACUUUCUGCCUAAUUUGUUAAUGACAAUCACAAUACCAGACAAAGUUGUAAAAGAAUAUUUGGUUCCUGCCUGUGUUCUAUAAAGUGGCUUUUACAGUGUUCUUGCUUUUAUUGCCAUCCCUGUAACUGACAUGAAAGCAAACUGUAUUGCAGGUAGCUUAGAGAAGACUCAUGCAUUCCUAUACCAUUCAGCUUUAAGUAUCUUCCUUCUGGGAAAAGAAGUCUGAUAAAAUGUAUAUGAAAGGAUUUUUAUUGAGAAUCCAUUCCUUAAGUAUUUUUUUAAAAGAUUUAUUUAUUACAUAUACAGUGUUCUGCCUACAUACCAGAAGAGGGCACCAGAUUGAAUUGUAGAUGGUUGUGAGCCACCAUGUGGUUGCUGGGAAUUGAACUCAGGACCUCUGGAAGAGCAGUCAGUACUCUUAAACUCUGAGCCAUCUCUCUAGCCCCAUUCCUUAAGUAUUUGUGUAGAGAACUUAAAAACAUAGCUGUUAAUGAAUAAGUACUUUUAAAAGGGGUUCACUACGUAAAAAUUUCAAAAGGUAAAACUAAUUUAUGCUCUGUCCAUUAUUAAGAUAAACAUACAUUUGUGACAUGACAAGACAGUACAGGGUCUCCUCUGUUAUAUAGUCUUGCUGAAGCCAUUUUAGGGAUGAGUAGAAUUUGAUUUCUGAUGAAGACUCUCAUUGAAAAUUACUGAGCUCUGUUAUCAGAACUAGAGGUCAAGAUUCCUCAUUUAAUUUAUCUUGGCUUCUGUCAAACUGUCUGCAUGUGCGAACUUCCCUCUGCAGCUAACUGCUUAUUUUGGCUUCUGUUAAACUGCUUGCUCGGGCAAAACCUCUUCCUGCAUUUGCUGAACAAGAUAACAAGAUUUUUCUUAAUAGACACUUGAGGCAGCAUUGGGGGCCCCACUACCAGAUUGUAGUCCCAGCUGGCAGGAAUAAAGACUUUCACUUGGC